UCGCCGUCACUGUUGGAGUUUCUGCGUCUCAGUAUCAAGACUGAAAAGGAAUUUGAUGAUUUUUUUAAAAAACACCAUAAAAGAUUGCCACGAGAGAGGACUUUCUACAAUGUCUGUGUCCAAUCCAGAGGAACAGCUGGCCUUUGAGCUGACCUGCCCCAUAUGCCUCCAACUGUACUCUGACCCUGUGAGCCUGCCCUGUGGACACAACUACUGUCGGACCUGCAUCAACCAGAAUGUCCAAUCUGACAACUCUCCCUCGUCUGUCUCCAAAUGCCCCGAGUGCAGAGUGAUCUACCAAGGUCACGAGUCUCUACAGAGCAACUUCAAGCUCAGAUGCAUCAUUGACAGUUACCGGGCGAGCAACUUGCUACAGGACGACCCCCCAAGCAUGUCCGUGGCAACCCUGACCUUAAGCACGCCCUGCGACCAGUGCAUAGAUGAACCCACGCCAGCUGUGAAGACCUGCCUGAAGUGUGAGGUGUCUCUAUGCUCCAGACAUCUUCAGAAGCACAAUGAGAAGGAGCAGUUCAGAAUGCACACUCUGGUAGACAAUGUUCAGAGCCCUGGAUCUAAAAACUGCUCCACUCACCAGCGGCCCCUCGAGUACUUCUGCUCCAACGACAUGUCCGUGCUCUGCUCCAUCUGCAUCGUUCAGGGGCACCACCAAAACCAUGACGUGCUCACCUUCACUGUGGCCGAGGAGGAGAUGAGGAGGGCACUGGAGAGUCGCAGCAAGGUGGUUGCCUGCAGGCUGAAACUGACUGAAGGACUUCUACAGAAAACAACAGAGGACCAGGGCACGUCUGAAGCCAUUGGGGAAAAACUUAUCAACAAGGCCAUGACCAUUAUGGAGAGUAUGGCUGGGCUGGUGGACAGGUACCGGGAGCGCCUGUGUGUCCUUCUGGAAGAUGAGAGGUGUCAGCGUAGGCGGAGCUGGCAAAUGGGUAUGAGUGCACUGGAGGAGCAGCAGCAGCAGCUCAUAGAGGCCCAAAAGAACACCACCGAGGCCCUCAAUGAGACCGACAGCUGCAACUUCAUCCAGAGGUUUGUGCAGAUAGAACCAAAGCUACGGGCCGUCAUUACCACCUCCCUUCCCUCCAAGCUCCCUUCAAAGGUUCCUCUCAACACCAGGCGCCUGCAGGCCGGCCUCAAAACCCAGGAUUUUCGCUCAGAGAUGACCCGUCUCCUGGACUCCCUCCACAUUCUGCUCAACCCUCUGGAUCUCACCUUUAACCUGGUCACCGCUCACCCCAGCCUCAUCGUCUCCAAUGACCUUCGCACUGUCAAAUUCAGCUCCACCAAACAACAGUACGCGGACCACCCUGAACGCUUCACCACAGCCCCUCAGAUCUUGUGCCGGCAAAGUAUAUCCAGCGGAGAGCACGUCUGGGUAGUGGAAGUAGGGGCCAAUAGCAUGUGGUCCCUCGGGGUGUGUUACAAAAGUAUCCCCAGACGAGGUGACCACAGCCGGCUAGGGCACAACUCGGUGUCCUGGAGGCUGCAGUGGAAGAAUGGUAAACUAACAGUGUGCCAGUCGUCCUGUAACGUCGCGUUGGGGGAAAUGACCAAUCAUCCAGUGAGGAUCGAGAUAGCACUAGACUACGAGGGCGGGACUUUGGCUUUCCACAGCACCAAAGGGCGACGGGAGCACCUACACACAUUCAGGGCAGUGUUCAGAGAGCCGCUGUACCCCGCGUUCAGUAUUCACUCCAACACACCUGAGUCCUGGAUAACACUGUACAGUGGAAUGUGAACAAUGUUAUCGAUAAAGUCAGUAUAUAGUGUUAAGAUGAGUGUAUUUGUACCUUUUGUAAUACUAGUUUUGGAAUAAAUAUGUUUGUGUCAUUCAUAUUCCCUUUUUUCUGUGGUUUAAAGUCACUGAGCCAAUUCCAGUAUCUUUGAGACUUAGGUGGAAUCCACCAGGUACAGUGAUGAGACAGCGGCAGCGCUAUGACCACAUACUUUCAGAUUAUUCAGAUUAUUCCUAACUUGAUUGCUUGUGUUUCAAUCAUAAUCAUAUUUCUAAGCAGUGUAUCUGGUGUGUAGGCUAUUUUCAGUGAAGUCUUUACCCAAUGCAAUUGCCCCAAACAAAGCUAUCUAAUUUUGAAUUUUAAGAAAUAUCUGAAUAAAGACAGAAAUAAAAGGAGUGUGUAUAUUUACUAUAAUUUGAUUAUUCACCUAGGUCUAUAGGCCCAAUAUGUUAUCACAUUGCUUUAUAAAGAAAUACAGUAUUUUAUUGGGGCCACAUUUGAGAAACAAAGACAUGCCUAAUUCUUAAAAUAAUUGUUAAAUGAGGGGAUUUUGUGGACACUGCGAUGUACAGGUCAUAUCUUACAUCUCAGCUGUUGAAGGAUGUUUUGUGUCAUAAUCAAGCUCAUGACCUAUGACUAUUUGAUCUGAUAGAUGUUAAUAAACAUUCAUCUGA